GUGGUGGUUGGGAGGAGGGUGAAGAGUAGGAGGAAGUGGAGGAAGGUGGUGAAUGUGUUAAGGGAACUUGAGGAAGGUUGUGAUACGCCAGUUGGGAGGUUGAAGCAGGUGGUGGACGCCAUGGCUGUGGAGAUGCACGCUGGUUUAGCUUCCGAAGGUGGUUCCAAGCUCAAAAUGCUUCUCACCUUCGUUGAUAAUCUCCCCAAUGGGACCGAAAGAGGAACAUAUUAUGCACUACAUCUUGGGGGUACAAAUUUUAGGGUCUUGCGGGUUCAUUUAAAUGGUCAACGAUCUUCUGUCUUGGAAAAUGAUGUAGAAAGACAACCUAUUCCUGAACAUCUAAUGACUAGCACGAGCGAGGAGCUCUUUGAUUUUAUUGCAUCUUCAUUAAAGGAGUUCAUUGCAAAAGAAGGAGAUGGUUCCAAUAUUUCUACUAACCGAAGGGAACUUGGAUUUACUUUCUCUUUUCCCGUAAAACAAAUGUCAGUUUCCUCAGGCAUUUUAAUCAAAUGGACAAAAGGUUUUUCCGUUGUAAAUAUGGUAGGAAGAGAUGUUGCUGCAUGUUUGCAGGAAGCAUUGUCGCGAAAAGGGCUAGAUGUGCAUGUGGCAGCCCUGGUUAAUGACACUGUUGGAACAUUAGCUCUUGGGCACUAUCACGAUCCAGAUACUGUUGCUGCAAUUAUAAUUGGUACUGGUACAAAUGCCUGCUAUUUGGAACGGAUUGAUGCUAUUAUCAAAUGUCAGGGUCUUCUUACAGCAUCAGGACGCAUGGUUGUCAACAUGGAGUGGGGGAACUUUUGGUCAUCUCACUUGCCGAGAACAUCAUAUGACAUUGAUUUAGAUGCCGAGAGUCCUAAUCCAAAUGACCAGGGUUUUGAGAAAAUGAUAUCAGGAAUGUAUUUGGGUGAUAUUGUGAGGAGAGUCAUUCUCAGGAUGUCAAUGGAGUCGGAUAUGUUUGAACUUAUUUCUCCCAAGCUUAAGAUCCCUUUCAUACUGAGGACUCCUUUGAUGGCCGCCAUGCACGAGGAUAAUUCUCCUGACUUGAGGGAAGUAGCAAGAAUCCUUAAAGAAGUCUUCGAGAUUCCAGAAGUUCCAAUGAAGGCAAGAAAAAUUGUGGUGAAGGUGUGCGACGUUGUCACCCGUAGAGCGGCUCGAUUAGCAGCAGCUGGUAUUGUUGGCAUCCUGAAGAAGAUUGGUAGGGACGGCAGUGGUGGCAUUACGGGUGGCCGGGGUAGAAGCAACACAAAGAUGAGGCGAACGGUUGUGGCAAUCGAAGGAGGUUUGUAUUCUAGCUAUAGUUUGUUUAGUGAGUACUUGCAUGAAGCACUGAACGAGAUAUUGGGUGAAGAUAUUGCUAAGCAUGUAAUUAUAAAGGUCACAGAAGAUGGAUCAGGCAUUGGAACUGCACUUCUUGCUGCCUCGUAUUCAUCCUAAAGAUGUUGAUAGGAAGGAGGGUACAGCUGCUAUAUAUAUAUUUUUAUAUAUAUACGUAUAGCCCUGUAAAUCAGAAUUUAUUCUCCAUAUUUAAUAUCUUUGUAUAAAGGGAAUGUUUCGUCUAUUCUUUGACCAAGUUAUCCAUUUAUAUAAUUCUUGUCAUAUUUUUUAA